GUCGUAUAUGUUCAUAUGCCCAUUUGCUGUAAAGGGCUAAUGCGGUUUUAUUCGAUUAGUGAAGGUUGUUUUUGUUAUUGUCGGGUAUAGAUAUGGCGGCGCCUAACAAAUUGUACUCUUUCGAAUGCCGGCGUACUUUAUCAUAGCCAAAGAGAACUCAGUGUUUUUGUUGAUAUACCUAAACGUCUGAGGAUUGUGUGCAUACGAGUUGGCGUUUACUCAAAAAAUGUCAGUAGUGAACGAGGAUCCGAUUGCUGUUCUCGAGGACACUAGUGAAGGCAUUUUACACGCUGUGUAUGACAUUAUAAAGGGUGUAGAACGAGAUGGAGGUGUUGACGACAAAGUUAGCCAACUACGGGGACGGUUAGAGAGCGCUCGGAGCUUGGUGCAAAGCCUCAAAGGAACGGAUCUUUCACCCGACGAACAGCUUGAAAAAGCCGAACUCCUUCAGAGUAAACUUGUAGCAAAGCGUCGACUUCUGUCAACGUAUAAACAUAUGUGCGGACUAUUCGAACUUCCGGAAGGUGGCGGAAAUGGUCAGCAAACGGGAAGUCAAGGGUCUCAAGCUUCGGGAGGGGCUCCGGGGAGCAACGGACUUCUUAAUGGAGACGCUGAUCAUAUUAGCAGUCAUAGAGAUCCUGCAGGAAGUAAUGGUCAGGGAACACCGGAUCCUGGAAUGCUCCCACAGCAAAAUAGCGCUGUCGGAAGCAAUCAACUGCUGUAGGGAUCGAAACGGCUUUCCUAUGGAAAUACCUCCAUGUCACGGUUGCUGUGCAACUCAAGUAUCAUUUUCAGCAGCUGUUAUCGCCAUAGGUUGCAGACUUCUUACGAAGCUCUGCAACGGACUAAGCAGUACCGUGGCUUCCAGAAAAUCAAACGAGUUGGAGCAACUAUAUUGCUGGGGUUUUCGAAGUGCAUUUUUUCUCCUGGUCAUUAGUUCCUAGCAUUCGUAAGAGAUCGCACCUGCUUACCAUUGCGGUGUAGAAAAAGAUAACGAGAGACAACGUUGAUGUCUGGCGAACACAUACAUUACACGGCGAAAAGCUCUCAAUGUGCUGUGAAUGAGGGCUAGGUAGUGCCAUUGCAAAAAAGUACAAUCGUUUGUUUUGAGUGUAUUUCAGAGGGUAGGCUGGGUAAUAUUUCGGAGCUUGGCGGACCAGAGGCUGUCAACUAUAUAGUGAGACGAAGAUUUUCAUCAUUAGCUAGUGGCUUUGUAAAGCGAACCUCUCAAAUGACGUAUCUUGAUAUCCUUAUAUUACGAACUUAAGGUGCGAUAAAAAGCCGCAGCGUCGAGAAUUAACAAGCUAUUGAUAGACGUUUGUCUACAACGUAAUCCUGUACAUAAUGAAUUACGCUGCAUUGUAGCCAUUCCCACUUCUCAUUAAAUUCAAACAGAUAUUGGCAAUAUAUGAAUAAUGAGUUUAAAUAAAAGAUGACUUCAGACUAAGAAAAUUA